UUCAACUUGGAAGCAAUGUCGUUUUCAACCCAGACAGCCCAGGCCCCUCAGUUUCAUGGCAGUCAGACCAGCACGAACCCUUCUGUAAAGGGCAAUUCCACCACGACUGCACCCAAUAAAACCCGAAGGCAGCGCUCGCUGAGGGCACUACGCUUGUUUCUGGGGGAAGGAGGUGGCGGCCUCGCUCCGGCCCGGCGCUGCAGGCGUCGGGCGGCCCGGAACGGCCCGGAACGGCAGGCGCGGGGCCGGGGUUCCGGCCGGCGGCGGGGUCCGGCGCGCCGGGGACGCCGCGCCGCCGUUUCUUGCCCGCCCCCGCGGUUGCUGCCGGGAUCCAAGAUGGAGUCGCUGAGCAGAGCGGGGCAGGAGAUCAGCCUGGCGGCCUUAAAGCAGCACGACCCCUACAUCACCAGCAUUGCCGACGUGACCGGCCAGGUAGCGCUCUACAGCUUCAGCCCCAAGGCCAACGAGUGGGAGAAGACAGACAUAGAAGGUACCUUAUUUGUGUACAAAAGGUCAGCUUCUCCUUAUCAUGGUUUUACGAUAGUGAAUCGACUGAACAUGCACAAUCUAGUUGAACCAGUAAAUAAAGACUUGGAGUUCCAGCUCCAUGAACCUUUUCUUCUCUACAGAAAUGCUAGCUUGUCAAUUUACAGUAUCUGGUUUUAUGACAAGAAUGACUGCCAUCGAAUAGCGAAACUCAUGGCUAAAGUGGUGGAACAAGAAGCUCAGAGAUCUCAGCAAGUUUGCCAUGACAGAAAAAGUCCCAGCAGAACCAAUGGCUGCAGUGAAAACAGGCCCAUUGACAUCCUGGAAAUGCUUAGUAAAGCCAAGGAUGAAUACGAACGAAAUCAGAUCAGUGACUUGAGUAUUGUAUCAAGUUCUGGAAUUCAACAAAAUGCAAAUCCCUCAAAGCCAGAAAGCACAGAGACUUCAGAACAAGCAACUUCAUUACAAAUGCAAGAUCAGCCAUUUCAGUCAAGGCAAAAGCAUCUGACUUUGGAAGAGCUGUUUGGAACUUCUGUGCCAAAGGAACAAGCAGCAGUUCCGUAUCCCACCCCAGAGCGGAUGGAGAAGUCGCAGCCUGACACCUCUGCCAGAGAGCAGGGCAGUUUGCUCUUGCCUUUUUCCUUUGAUCAGUCAACAGUAAUACACCAGCCGUUAGGGAAAUCAGAAAGUCCCGGGGUUAAAACCAGUACCAAUGCUCUGAAUCAGCAGGAAUGUUUAACACCUAUGCUAAUACCUCCAGCUUCAGUUUCCCAGCCUGAUGUAAAAAAUGUUUCAAGCUAUUCGGUUCGUUUAAGCCCUGUUCUUAAUUUAGCCUCGACAAUGGAAGCUGCCCCUGCUCAGAUGCUUCCUGGCCUAAAACAAAACAACAGCAUAAUGCAAGUUAUGCAGCAAGCUGCCAAGCAGAUAUCCCCACUAGUGAAUCAGCCGCCGUCUGAAGUGAACCACGCUCCACAAAAUCUAAUGGCUGGCCAAAGCCAGUUUAUACCACCCUUGACAUCAACAAAUACAGGAACUGUCUCAAAUACGCCCCAUACAAGUGUUGAUCUUCUCCAGAAACUCAGGUUGACCCCACAGCAUGACCAAAUGCAACAGCAGUCUGUCCCUAAGGCUUCCUUAACACCAAACGCCUCUGCCUCGGUUGGCCAACUUGCAACACCAGAAAGCUUCAAAGAAUCGCACAGUAAACCAUCACCCUUGAACAGCAAGAUAAUCUCUCCACUUCAGACUGUACAACAAAACAAGGAAUCAGAAGUGUUUCCACAGCCGAAGACUUUGUCUAAAGCAAGUCAGGUUGCACCUCCACAGUUUGUUACAACCACGACUACAGUAACUCCUUCAAUCCUCUUGUCUCCUAGCGUUUUCCAGCAGUCUGUUACAAAAACUACUGAAGGGGACAAUAAAGCCAGUUCUUCUUCUCCUUUAACACUUGGAACAACUGAAAUUCAGACUCUACCUCCUACUGUUCUCAGUAGGUCUCAGCUUCAGGAAGCACUGAUACAUCUAAUAAAGAAUGAUUCCCGAUUUCUCAGCACUAUUCAUGAAGUCUACUUGCAAGUCCUAACCAAGAAUACAGACAACAACAAGCUAUAAUUGAAGUUAAAUCUUGGAAUAUGUCCACUUUAGAAACAAUUAUGCCUCAUAUAUAAAACUAAUAUUUUUUUAAAAGAAUAUUUAGUUUUCAAUGUCUUGAAUUUGAACCUAUUAGGAAAGACUAUUCCUUAAAUAAUUAUGAAAGUAAUGUUCUCAGAAGUGAUCUAAGUUUUCACUGUGAUCAUCACCAGCAAACCUUUGUUUUUAUUGGGAAAGGGAGUUAAGUUGCAUAUGAGCUCUCACUAGCAUUAAGUGAAAGUGCAAAUGUUUGCUCUGGCUUUCAUUCCAAGCUGUCUUUGCUUUUCAAGAGCUACAGAAUCAAUACUACUUAAACCAGCAAAUACCUAAUACAGUACACUACACCAAACCAGAAGAACAAAAUUCAGUAGUGUGAACCUAGGCCCAGUUUUAAGGACUAACCAAAAGUAGGAGAGGGUAAUGCCUUGUGAUUAAGUUGGCAGGUGUGGGGAAGAGAGAUUGGGAAAUCAGGCCUUUGGAGCUAGGUUUUAACACAGGGAUUAAAAACACGAUUUGCUUGUGAUCAGUAAACAGUCUUUAGCUAAUGCACAUGAAUUUCUUUUAAAUAUUCCUUUACCCAUACCUGUUUCUGCAUUUCUGACAUUAAAUAGGUAUCCAAGUGAGUAAGGCCAUUUUCUCUAAAAAGGUAGAAUUUGAAAUAUGCAAAAUCCUCAAAGUGAUUCUAUCAUCUUUAAGCAGCAGUGUAAUUCUAUUGGAUGUUGAAAUUUUAUUUUAUAGUGGAAGACCACUGCAAGCCCAUCUUCUUGUUCAGUGGUGUUCAGUAUAAUAAUUGAAAUAUUUUGUUUCCCUUUAGCUUAAGGAUGGACCAGUAUUAUAGUGGGAUUUCAUUCCUCAGUUGUAUUAGAAUUGCAGUGUUGAAAACUAUGCAGAUGGGGAACAAAUGCAUGCUCUUCUUCUGUUGCCCUCUCCACAGAUUGUUUCUUCAUACUUCAUAGUGUGAAUUUUAUCUGAUUAAAAUGCUACAGCUUCUUAUAUGCAAUCUAGUAAUUCACUGUUCACUAAUGUAAGUAUUUAACUUCCUACUUUACUGUUUGAAAUCAAAACAUUUCUGAUGGUAUUCUCCUGUGCUGCUGUGUUGGUCUGCCCACUUCUGUGUGGCAUGUAGAGGGAGUAGGUCACAACUUUUUCCAACAAUAGUAGUUUUAAAGAAUGCUUUUCCAGUAGCAAAGUUUUGGUUUGUUGAGUGAAAAGAUAAUUUGUAGUAAGUUAUGAUGCACUGCUUCUCCCCCACCCCAGCACUAUUGAAAUAUGAAGAAAAAAAAUUGUUUGGCUCCUGGCAAAAAAUAUUUAUAUAUAUAUAUAUAUAUCUUAAGGAUUAGUUAAUGUUGACAUAGUCAAGGUGCACAGCUGUUUAAUUGAAAACUAGUAAUUAAGCUUUAAUUGUGACUUGUUCACAAAUCAGUAUGUUUUAGAUGCAUCAAAUAUUUGUUUUAUGUAUUUGAUCUUUUAUUUUUUCAUAGCUUUUUCUGAGGAAAAUAUAUUUUGUUUAGCACUACCUGCCUUCUGUAAAGCUCUUCUCAGCCCUUGAGUUCAGUGUUUCCAGUUAAAAUAUGUAGUAUUUUGUUAGAAAAAUGUGCAAAAUUCAGGGAAAGACGCUAAUGUCAUGCACAUUUACCAAGAAAUAUAUUGGCUUUAAUGGUAGCAUUUGAAUUCAGCAAUAUAUACUGUGUGAGCCUUGUUAAGGAAGAUAGGAGCUUCCUACAUAAAUUCUAGUGAUGUAAUUCUGUGUAUAUACAUAAACAAUGAGAUUCAAAUUAGGUCUAAGGUCUAAAAUUUUUUUUUUGUGAAAAACUUAGUAAGGAAAAGAGAACAAAUAAGUGAGCAGUUCCUAUGGGGGGGAAAAAGAAUUGAUAGCCUAAACCAAAUAGAGUUUCUUUUUCUCUGGAUUUAGCAAAGACUAAGUCCAUAACUUCUUGCUUUUUAUGAACAGUUUCCAGUUUCUUCAAAGGAAUUUGAAAGAUUUGAUGCAAGUUUCCAAGAAUAGAAAUAUUGGAAGCUGAUAGCAAAUAUUUGUACUGUUUGCUAAAUAGUCUCAUCCUUAGUGUCAUAUCCAAAGAUCUAUAGAAAUGACGGGAAGAGGUUGUAGUUUGAGUUCCUAGCUCAUAUACAAUUGAUAAAAAUAAUACUGUUUAAAGUAGCAGUGCUAUUAUGAGAGUUUGACUGUACUCUGAAUAUCUUGCAUUUGUUGCCAGCUGUCCAGGAACCUCCAUGAACAGUUGGCAGAUCCCUACUUUGCUUUGCUUUUGUAGUAUACUAGUUUAAACUUUUUCCCAGCUUUCAAAAUGAAUUGAAAUAGAAGCAAAGUGAAAUAACAGUUACUAGGCAGGCACUCUUACUACAAACAAACCCAUUCAUCUUGAACGCCUACACGCUUAUUCUGACGUCUAUAUAUGUAGCCAAUGGACACUGGAGAGAACAAAGGUGUUCUGUAAUAAUAUGCUGCAGAGUUUGUCUGCCAUACGAGACAAGUGCCAGGGUAGCGCAUUUAACAGAUGAACCCUUUAAUGAAAAAUUGCAUUGUAAAACACAAGCUCAACUGCAGUGUACAACUUGAGUUUAAAUGUGGAAUAUGUUAUUUGACAUAAAAUAACCACAACUGUGUUUUUUUGUUUUGGGUUUUUUUUCUGAUCACUUUAACUUUUUGUAUAAAUCUAAAAUUAUCAGCUUGUCUCAGUGCUUGAUUUGUUAGCUGCAUGUAGUGAUCACUAAUGCAUAGCAAGUUACCAUGACUCAUCACAGCAACUUCUCACAACCAUUUUCAAGUAACUUUUAUUUUGGUAAAACUACUGGCUUACUGGGAUUUUACCGAUUAGUUCUGAGAACGAAAAGAUAAGUUUGGACUGUAUUUCCAAAAAGAAUUGUAUUAUCUAAGCAUGUGUUUUAUGGCCAGCAUUAAGUCACUUUAAACAAAAAACAGAAAGCAAAAGUAAAAAUUCAGACUUAAUCAAAGACAGUUUUGAAACCUACUGAAGCUGCUGAAUUAUUCAGGAAAAUCAAGAUUUUCAGUUUUGUAGUUAGAAUUUAUCUGCUGUUACUUAAUAAUGCAAAGCUGAUAUGAAAGGUGCCUAACAGCUAUUAACUGAGAAGCAGUAUAUCUUUCCAAAUUAAACAAGAUUUGUGGAAUGAUUGAAUGAAAUUUUAAAAAGUGAUUCAUUUUAAUUUCAUAAAAAGUAAAUGCUUAACUGCCUAUGUAUACAUACUCAAUACAAUAUUGAAACACUU